AUGACCUGCGUCUCACUAAAUGAAACUGCUUUGGCCGCACUCAAUGUUCAACUGUCAUCUGCAGAAUGGAGUGGUCUGAAGGCACUGUCAAUCCAUGGAGCACCGUUUGUUUCGCUGGAUCUGAUGCCUGCCCUCGCACUUUUGGAAGUGCUAGACUUGAGCAACAACAGUCUUACUGAUAGCGCAUGGAUGAACACGCGGGUAGUGUUCCCAUCUGUAAGGAAGCUACUGAUCGAGCACAAUAAUCUCACGAAAAUUGAAAGAGGACUAUUGGCACCAUUUCCACUAUUGGAGGAGUUGCAUUUGGGUUACAAUAGAAUCUCCUACAUAGGAUAUGAUUCACUCCGAACGCCUCAGAUCAAGACUAUUCGCCUGAACGAUAACAAGAUUCAGACUCUCGGAAUGCACGCAUUCCGUUUCAUUCCACAAUUACAUGAGAUUGACCUGAGUGGCAACAGAAUCGAAAGAUUUAUGAUGAGCGAUUUUUCGACGGCCACGUCGUUACGAAUCUUGAAUGCUAGUCGGAACCAGAUUCGAAGUGUAGAAUGCGAUUCGAUUGCACCAAUGUUGAAUCUCGAAGUGCUCGAUCUCAGUUCGAAUAACCUCACGCAGGUUCCGGGAAUUGAAUUACGUAGUAUGGAGGGAUUGAGGACGUUGCUGUUAACCAACAAUCCCAUCACAGUGAUUGGCGAAGGACAACCAAGGCUCGAUAGUCUUCAGCGGCUGGAUUUGUCGUCAAGUGCCGUACGGGUGGUGGAAGCCGGAGCCUUCUCUCGCCUUCCGCGACUUCAUUUCGGUCUUUUUCACCGACUGUCGGGAUCUCACAUUCAUUUCGCCUGCUGCAUUUGA